AAAUUCCAUCCAUGGCUAUUGAGAAUGAAGGGUCAACAGAAAGGAUAAAUAAAACGUAUCGCUAUAUAUUGCGUCUUUAUAGUUGCCUUAUUAAUGGCCAAAAGGCACUGGUAAUUCUUAAAGAAAUUCGGGUAUUCUUUGACAUUCUUGUGCUAGAUGGAGAGACUCCAGAUGAAUGUGAAGAAAAGAAAGAUGAUCCAAAACUACUAAAACAAAUAUGUCUUGUUGAUGUUAAAACAGAACGAGACCCACACUGGAUUACAAUCAUUUGUGGAAAUCAAAUAAAUCUGCUAAAAGCAUUCGCUUUCUGUUGGAGAGCAUUUGCCUCUGACAUCCAAGUUGGGUUUAACAAUUCAGACUAUAAUUGGCAUUUCAUUAUGGAAAGAGCCUAUCAUCUUGACAUACUCGAAUGGAUGUGA